UUAUCCUUAGGGCGUAAGCCCCCUAUAAAGAAAACGCUGCGUUUAAUUCACUACUCCCACUUUUCUUCCUUUCACUCUCCCCUCUGUCUUCGAAAAAAAUCUAGGGUUUUUCAUCUUCUCCUUUCCUUCGCCUCUCUCUUUUGAAACUUUAAUCGGAAAGAAAAAAUGCCUAGGUAUGAUGAUCGCCGUGGUGGCACUCGCCUUUAUGUCGGUCACUUGUCUUCAAGGACAAGAUCACGUGAUCUUGAGGACAUGUUUAGCAGAUAUGGAAGAGUACGUGAUGUGGAUAUGAAGCGCGACUAUGCAUUCGUUGAAUUCAGUGACCCUAGAGAUGCUGAUGAUGCAAGAUAUUCAUUGAAUGGUCGAGACCUAGACGGAUGCCGUAUCAUUGUGGAAUUUGCCAAGGGAGUGCCCCGUGGCCCUGGUGGAUCACGUGAUUAUGCUGGAAGAGGUCCUACUCCUGGAUCUGGGCGCUGCUUCAAUUGUGGAAUCGAUGGCCACUGGGCUCGUGAUUGCAAAGCCGGCGAUUGGAAGAAUAAGUGUUACCGCUGUGGGGAACGAGGCCACAUAGAAAGAGAUUGUCAAAACAGUCCAAAGAAACUGAGCCGUAGACCACGGAGUUACUCGCGUUCACCCAGUGCCCGACGUGGUCGAAGCAGAAGCCGCAGUUACAGCCGAGGGCGUAGUGACAGUAGAUCAAGAUCACCUGUGAAGCGAGAAAGAAGUUUUGAGCGCGACGAUAGAAGAUCAAGGAGUCCUAAGCGCCACAGGCGUUCUCCGUCCCCAGUUCGAGGGAGGAAGCAUAGUCCAGCACGUGAUGAAAGAAGCCCACAAGAGAGACGUAGCCCAUCCCCAAGGGAUCGCAGACAUGCCAAUGGUUCGGAUUACAGUGGGAGUCCCAGGGGGAGGAGCAGAACUCCAGAUCGUGAAGCUGAUGCUGGAGACAGGGAUUAUAAGAGCUCCGCAAAGGAAAAUGGGAACAGCCGCAGUCCUAGCCCGAUCCCCAAGGAUGAUCGGAGCCCUAUUUAUGAUGAAGAAGAUGAUGACAAUCAUGCAUCUCCGAGACGCAGCGAAUCAAAUUAAGCUGCAGUGGUUUGAAUGGGGUAGGUGUUGGUUACAGUCUGUGUUUGUUAGAAACUUUUGAGUUAAUAUAUAUUUGAUGGAUAAUUUUGUGUUCUGGAAUAUUAAAACACUUUUUUUUUUAUUUAAGUCUAUUUAUAUAAAUUACCUUUUUUUUA